AGAGGGUGCUUGAGGACGCUGGGGUGUGUGCUGACAGCACGCUAAGAAUUUGAAUUUGCUGACGUAGAGUGCAACUUCCUGUACGCAAAAGACAAUUUCAUAGUCCUGGCUACGGAGUAAUUCGUUGUUUUUUGAAGUUGACAUGUUUUGAACUGAAGACGAGGCUUGCAAGUUGACUUUAUGUCGGCCAUUGUAAACUAGAAAAAUUAUACGUAAUACAAGCGAAUGCCAUCCUGCAAAGCGAUUCAUCAAACUUUCUUCAUCUUCCCUGUGAAUUAAAGAUUGCAUCUUCUACAUUCAGAUUUUAGAUAUAUUUCUUGGAUUAAUUACACAGAAGGUGACCUAACGACUGCUUUAAAAACACAAAGCCGGUUCUCAUAAUGGCUUGUGGGGCAACUUUAAAACGUUCACUUGAAUUUGAUCCUCUGCACAGUCCUACACAAACGACUCCUAUUAAACGCAGACGAUGCAUGCCGUUGACGAUGGCCCAAACUGCACCACCUACCAAACUGCAUCAACUAAAUCCAUCUCCUUUCCUAGAUGUAUCAUCAAAGCUGACAAAAGAAGAAAUCGCUGCCAGAAUUGGAUCAGAGUUAAAAAGAAUGCAGAGAAGAAAGCAAUUAUUUUUACCUUCAGGAUAUCACAGUCCACCAUUAUCAACAUGUUCAGCUCUUGGCCGUCAAAGUCCACCACUUACUCUAGAUACCUUGACUUGUGUCAAUUCUUCCAAUGAUUUUCCAUCAACAUCACAGUCAGCUUCUGGGUCAUGUUCACCAAAGCAGAAAGAUGUACCUUUGUUUACCUUUAAACAAGUGGCUAUGAUUUGUGAACGAAUGGUUAGAGAACAUGAAGAAAAAAUAAGAGAAGACUAUGACAAAGUUCUGAAUAACAAGCUUUCAGAACAGUAUGAAGCAUUUUUAAAGUUCAAUCAUGACCAGCUACAGAAAAGAUUUGGAAAUGCACCUAUGAGCUAUGUUUCUUAAUAACAGAUGACCAUAAAACUUGUACAAAAAUCUGAUAUGUCAAAACAAGAAAAUCACCUGUGGAUUAUGAAGCUUGACUAUGUCAUUUCAAUUACCAUUGGAGUUGCUAUGGAAGCUUAUUUCAAUGGGCUGUUAGAAUCAAGUUAUAAGAUAAAUAGUAAUAUUUAAUCACCAAAAAGUUGCUAUUUAUUAUUAAAGAUAAUUCAUAUUUUAUAGUACCAAAACUAUUACUAUUGCUGCUAUGGUUUUUUUUUUUAAAUGUUAGGAUAGGUAGAUUAGAGAGAUAGCUAUAGCUGAAAGGUUUUCUUUACUAAAGAUUUAUUAAAAGAAUAGAUUAGUUGGUUAUAAAAAAUAACAUCUUUUGAGUUAAUCCAGCAAAUGUUCCACUUCAGUUCAACAUGUAAUGUUGCAGGACAAAGUGAUUUAGUCAAAUUUUUAAAAAAUAAACUUUUGGAUUUAAAAAUUAUUUUACAAAACAUUGUAUUGUUAUAUUAUUUUAUGGGUUGUGUACAUAUUCUGUUUUAUUCUGCAUAAACAUUAAAAUAAUUACUUUAUAACUUUAUAAAUUUCUUGAGUACAUUUUUGUAAUUACUAUUGAAAUAGCACUUUAAAAAGUUUAUGGUUAAUCAAUAUUUUACUGUUGAAUUUUAAAUUUGUCAGACUGACUGAAUUUAUAAUUCUGUUGCUUUGUAUAGCUUUUAUGGUGUCAGCAUUUUUUAAUUUUAAAAUUGCUGUCAUCGAGCAUUUCAGGUUUUUCUGUACCCUUGAAAACCUUUCCUGUUGUAUCAGAUUUAAUAAUUUGAUGUAGAAACAAUAUUUUGUUUUUAAUUAUUUAUCGUUUUGCUUGUUUUAUUUAUUUUUUUAAUUACUGAAUUUAAAUUUUGUUAUUAAUUUUGUAAUUUAAUUGUAACCAAAGCCAUGUUUAAUAUGGCUUUUAAAACAGCCCAUAGGUAUAAAUAAGAUGAGUAAGAAACUCAUUAAUUUAACUAACCAAAUAAAAAAGCAAGUUAAUGUCAUCUUAUUGUGAGAAUAAUUUUGGACAUCAUUUGCUAUUUAGUCAUCUGUUUCAACACGUGUCUAUAUUGUAAAUACAAUUUUGGAGCACAUUUUUUGUUUAACAGUUAAGUUCUUUGCUGUAAAAAAAAAGUAUGGUUUAUUUAAUGGGUUUUUAUUUUUGGUGGUUGGGGCUUAAGAUUUGAUUUACAAGAAAAAAUGUAAUAAGCAUGAGACAAUCUGUAAUUUUGUUAAGUAUGAUGUAAAAAAUUAUCCUUCGAGACUUCAAAGUAAAAAUCUGAAUAAAACAGUUGUUCCCAAAGCCAGUACUCCCAUAAAAUGACUAAUUUUAUGAUGUGUUCUUACGGGUUGUAAAUUUGGUUUGAAUGCGAGCAUUGAAGUGCAUUAAAACAAAUAAAAUUAGCUUUUGAAUGGUGUUUGUUUAAAUUUGUACAUACUUGUGCUAUUUGUUCUUAUCAAUUUGUAUACGAUUUUAAAAUGUUAUUGUUGUCAUUUAAAAAAUGUGAAUCCACUUGAAAAACCAUUUUAUGAAAAGUCCUUUAUGCUUAAAUAAGGAUGGUCUUUGCUCAUCUUAAUUUGAUCUUGAUGCUUCUGUUUGAAUGACUUAAUUCACAUUUGAGACUGCAAUUAUUCUUAUGCCUAGUUUCUUUUUUUGCUCUUGUAAUUUUUUUGAGUGUAUGGAUUUGUUGUGUAUGUGUAACUGCUUAUGCCAUUCUUACCAUGUUAUAAUUACAUUGCCUGUAACUUCACCAUGGAUUAUCAAUAUGAGCUGAUCAUUGUGUAUUCUAGAAUCUUGUAUAUGCAUACUUAUUAAAUACUAUGAAAACUUGUCAUUUUAAAAUGGGCAUUUCUGUAUACUGGCAAAUUUAGAAACAAAAACUCCAACAUUAUCUGCCAUGCUAUACAAUUUUAGAAAGUUCGUUUGGAAAUGUUGACUUCAUGGUGUUUUAUGUCAGGUUUUGAUACAAUAAAGAAAAUAAAGAAGUUUCCCACCA